GAAAUCAUGAGCGUGUACACUUAAAUUUCUGAGGUCAAAUUAUAAAACGACAUGAGAAAUGUAUUGAAGUGUACAGUUGAACAUUUCAGUACAAUGGAAGUCAGAUGUUAAAUUUAAUUAUUGUGUCAUACACAGGGAUUCGCUCAGGGUUGCCGUCAGUGGAAGCUGAAAAAUGAUAUAUCAGAAUUUGUCAUAUCAAUAGACCAUCUUUGGAGGUAAUGUACAUACGAUUAAGGCAAACGGUCAAUGUCUGGUUUGAUUUCAUGAUAAGGUUACUGCCUUACACGACACGAGCCUAAAUGGUUUGACGUACCAUUUGAAUUGAAUGAGAGAGUAUCAUCCGAGUACGUUUGGAUGGAGAGCAUCGCUAUAGAUUAACAUGUAACAGCACUUCAGCCAUGGAUGUUCUAAAUAAACGUUCGAAUCGGAAGUUUAUCAUAGCCGGGGUAGUAUGCUGCUUGGUGACGUUAACGUUACUAACGCUGAUGACGCGUUUAGGUGGAACGUGCCAAAUCCACCACAGCCCCGUGCCUCCGUAUCUUGACAAAACAGCGCAAAUCAAACACCCCAGAAAAAUGGAUGAAAAUAAAAUUGAAGUUGAUGAGCUACUUCAAAAGAUACGAGUUAUAUCUGAUAAGAUACGCCAACUAGAACACAAAAUCGAGCCAUCAGAUCAAGAACUCGACGCUUCUAAUACGACCAACUGGAAUAACAAUUGGGAUAAAAUGGAGAACAUUAACCGAACAGUUCUCUACAAGACACACAUCACCCUUGUCGUUGGAGGAGAAUCUAAGGGUGGUCAAAUAACACCUAAAGGUCUUCGUCAAAUGAGUCAGACAGCCGUUGCUAUAAGAGAUAUAUACCAACAACGAACAGUCAGAAUCAUACAUGCAGAGGAUCAUUCUAGCAAAAGAUCUGCCAUUGAGAUAUCUCGAGUCACACAUGGAGUGAUUUCCCAGGAUUCAUUGCUAGAUGGAGGAUAUCCUGGGACACCCGACCCUGUAGUGAACGAAACAGCUUUACCAUUAAUGGAUAUCAGAGGCUAUGUAGAGUUUCGAGAUUCUGCGAGACUAGAAGCGGGAUUUAGACGGUUUAUACAUCACGGGGAGAAAAUGGAGUACGGAACAGUGCUUGUUGCACCGGAAGUUGUUGUUAAAUACUUCAUACUAAGGUCGCUUCAACUUCCGGUUUCAAUGUGGCAAAGACUCAGCUUGGAAACUGGGAGUAUUUCAACGAUAAGAGUCGAAGUACACCAUGGCGUCUUGGUCUCAGCUAUUGGUAGUAUAGGACAUCUGACAAAAGAGUAAAAUAUUUAAACUAAAUAGAAAUUCAAGACUGAUGAACCAGAUCUUGUGUUUUGAAAAUUUAUCGAUUAUUAAGGUUUUACACCAAUGGUCAUAUGUAUAGAAUAUUUUGCAUUUUUAGCUUUUAACACAGAUUCAAGCAAUUUUAGCUAAAGAAAUGUAUAUUUUAUUUUUCAAAAUUCAUGCUUUGAUCAAAAUCCAUGAUUUUUAUAGUUUAAUUAAUAUCGAGUUACACUAGUGUUGAAGAUUUGAUUGCACCGUUUCAAUGUCAACCACAACGCUCAAACUGAAAAUAGCGAGGUCAAAACAUCAAGUUUGAUCAAGUGAAACUAGAUUGCAAGGGGGCAUUGCCUUGCAGCAGUGUGUGGACGGCAAUGAGUGUUUCACAAAUAAAGCAUAGAAUAAUAAGUGAGUGGAACCAAGGGAAGGUGAUGACCAUCUUCUGAAAACCAAAUGAUUAUGAGCUUGAAAAUGGACCCAUGAAAAAAGCAAAAGCUAUGCAAAUGUUUAAGCAGAUGCGUUGCCAAUGAGUCCAGCAGCACCGAAAGUUUCAGUGGGUCGAUCAAUUGCGCCAUUUAUUGUUGCAUGAAUUCUAGAAUCAUAUUUUCCACAAGGGUCGACCCAGACCAGCCCAAUCCUUUGUAGAAUUUUGCCGAUAGAUUGCUUUAUGAGUAGCUUCAUAUCGUCUCUGAAUUCAUCAAAGUCAGACAAUUAGAAAUCAUUUGAUCUAUUUGCUCCUGUAAGUGUUGCAAGUCUUAUGUUUAAUGAUGUAUAAGCUAGAGAGCUGAAUUUCCUUUGUCUCAACGAUUUGUUAAGAAAGUUGAGAAUGUAAAAACGUGUAGUGAUUUUGCACAGUGGUAAAUCUCCCUACAUCGAUGCCUCU